AUCAAUUUAAAGGUAACCAAUAGUACAACAAUGUAAGGACACAACGAAAAAGCGACUACUGAAACGGAAAGUCUUUGAGGCUACUUUAUUUUGUGAAGAGGAAAACUAAUCUAAAAUCAGAAUGUCUUCCGGCUUAAUGUCGUGUGUGCGGGAGAAUUCGCCACCCCUGGAACUGGAUUUAUGUGCAUCGGGUCCGCUGUCAUUGCCACUGGAAGGCAAUAGCAGAUCCCAUGGCUAUCGGGGACCAACCACUUCCACACCUAUUGCUAGUCCAGUGGCCACAGAAGAUGGUAGUAGUUCAACAAAUGUGGAGCAACAACAACAACAACAACAGCAGCAGCAAAAGCGCCGUCGCUUUCAUCCGUUACGUAAUUUACGGCGGAUCUUUCGUCGACGGACAAUCAAUAGUGCGGACAGUGCCGUAGCUGCCGCUGGAGAGUCAACUGGGCCGGGUUCUUGCAGCACAUUGCCACCACCGACGAGCAGUUCCAGUGAGAAGAAUCUGCGGAGCAUUGCACUCUCCGCAUCCUCCUCCUGCGCAGGAGACAAAGUCUCGGCGUCGGCUUCGUCACCGGCGUCACCUUUAACCCACCAGCAAUUGCAUGAGAGCUACCAGACGCAGUCUCUGCCCAAGUCCAAGUCUUACAGCUCCCAUCGCGAUGAGCUGCUGAGCGUGUUGCUGGGUAAGAAGAGAUCAAGCAAACAGCAGACACACGGCUUCGAGCAGCCCUCAGUCCAAGUGCAAUCCAAUCCCGACGCCAUGUACCAGACACAGCGACAGCAGAUGGGCGUGGCCGUCUUCCCCGACGCCAAGAGCAUGAGUCGGAGCAGUUACUUCGUGGAGAAACGCCACCAUCAGCGACAGCUGCGCAGCGUCGGCGACUCCUCACAGGAUCUGAACACAGAGGACAGCGGCGCCGUCGGAGGAGCUGCCGACAUGUCCGACAGUCAGCGGAGCCUCAGCGAGGGAAGAUUGCUGGACGUCGAUGCGGAUGGCAGCGAUUACACACGCGAAACCCUUUCGCAAUCCCAUGACAGCGUCUUCUCUGAGUCAGCGACAGCCAGCAGUCUGUCCAUUGUGCUAAAGGCGGAACUGACGGAUGUGCUGCGAAAGCGUCGUAAUCGUCCGGAUGCCUCGGACGAAGAUCUGGGUCUGCCCCGGAGUCCGGCGUCGCCACAGCGUCAUGCGGGAGCUGGACAGAGUCGUAAGGCGGGUGGUGGCUACCAAUCUCGUGGGGUGACGCAGGGCCAUGAGGUAUCCUCCCUUAGUCUGCUGAGCGCCAACAGCACCGAUGGAGACGGUGAGGACAGUCAAAGCCAUAGACAACUGAUGUGCAAGUCCAUCAGCUCGGAUAUAUUGCGAGCUCAUCCCGAGGACGAAGUGGAUGCAGUUGGCCUGGAACGUCAGAGACUUUCGCAUGCGGCUGCCAAACACAAGAUGGCCAUCAGGCCGGCCAAGAAGAAGGGCCCGAGUCGACACCACAGGAGAACUUUAGAAUCUUCCAUACCUGAGGCCAAUGAGGAGCUUUCCAAGAUUAGCCAGACUCAGUUGCAAAUUCCCAGCAUGAGAACUGUUAAGGAAACUGAUGUGAAGAGCAAGACGCGCUCUCUCCCGCCGGGCAGUAGCUUAACUGCCACAACAACAACCUCAACUGCCAGCAAGACAAUCGAGCAGAAGAAGACAACGAUGACAACGAUCCACAGCGAUCACACGGCAACCACAUCAUCCACAUCGGCAUCCACUUCAUCCACAUCUGUCUUUGGACUCCGUGCACUUACUUUCAAGGCGGCCAAUGCCCUUUUCGAUGGGCGUGGCGAGUCCUCAACGGAUGGCGACGAUGUGACGAACGCUUCAGCGGAUUCCAACGAUCAUGGAUUCCUGCGUCGCUUGAUGCAGCGCAAUUCCAAGCGCAGCAUUGCCAGAGCCAAUGAUGGCCUAGAGGACAUGGACACCAGUCACAAUGUGGCCAAGAAGCUGCAGAUCUCCACCUCCUGUGUGGAGGCAGCUACUCGCGAUCCUGUGCCAAUGCCCAACAAGUCAAAGAGCGCCACGUCGCACGAACAGCACAUCCAGGAGACUCGUCAGAUCAUCAAGCGGGAGAUUCACAACGAGGGCAAACAUGGCCUCCAUGCCAUGGUCAGUAACUAUGGAGUGCAUCCGCAGCCUCCAACUGCUGUCAAACCCAAAUCGGGACCAGCUGCGCGACAGCGUUACUUGCCCCAGGAACUGGGUGCCACAUCCUCCAAUGUCCUUGAGAGCGAUGUCACCAGUUUGCUGUCCAAGAACUCCCGGGGCAACGACACCUUCCAGUCCACAGCUCUGGUACGUGAGCAGACGCAGCUGAAGACGGAGACGACGACGACGACCAGUCACUUUGAGAGGAAGCCUCGGAUCGUGGGUCUCAGUGCGUUCCAACAGAAGCUCUCUCGCUCCAGUGAUUCGAUGGGACAGCACUCGAGCUCCUCGAACUCAUUGGAGACCAGCACGGAUGAGCCCUCGGCUCUCUACUACGAGGAGAAGCAGCGCAAGACGGUGGAGAAGUCGAGAAGCUUCCGGAAUUAUCAGGAGGAGCGAGACGUGGUCAACGAAUCGAUGGCCAUGCACAACAACAUGCCCAGUUUGCCGGAUCUGUCCAUCAGCUUCCGAGUGCCUGCCUCCUACUACAAGCAGCAGGAAUCUCCUCAGUCUUCCCGCAUCUCCAUGUCCCCAAUGUCGCCCAUGUCACCCAUGUCGCCCAUGUCGCCCAGUGCCAAGUGCGUCUCCCUGGGAUUCGAGAUCAACGACAACAAGCUGCUGCAGACUCGUGCUGACUCCACUGGCAAACUGCUGACGCCAACAAAGCUAUCGCCACAACGCAGCACCACACUCCUGGUGCCCAGUCCCAGUCCAUGUCCCACCAGCAUCUCCCAGAUCGAGCAGAACAUUGACUUGAUCGUCAAGUCGCCGCUGGUCAGUGUUCUUCGCAAAUCUGGCACGGUCACCGAGCAGAUCUGCCUGGAGCAACCGCAACCAGCUCCACAGCGUCCCAAGGUCCUGGAGUUGAAGCAGACCACGACUAUUGCUAUCAAGGAUUCAUCCAACGCGAGUCCAGUGGCCAAGAAUGCCAAGUUAUCAAGUACUCCUCCCACAACUCCUGUCAAAGGAAGUCAACGUAACUCAAGUCAAGUGGAUGCUCCAUCCCAGGCAGGAUUGGGAUUGGGAUUGGAGCAGCCGGAGUUCAUGAAGAUUCAGCUAAACCGUGUGGAUCAGGCACGUCUUCACAACAAGACGAAUCACUUGGUGCUGGCCAAGAAUGUGAAAUCCGUUGCUUCUCCGGCGGAACGUAGUCAGAGCAGCGAUGAUCUGACCAUGAGGCGUCUCAGUGGAGAAAGUACAGGCAGUAUUCAGAUUGUUGAACGCUCUCAGAAGCCACCAGCAGCAGCAGCCACAACUCCGUCACAACCCCAACAAUCUCACAGUAUUAGCCAACCCACUGAGAUCCUCUCCAGACAACAGCGUGCGGUCAGCGCCAACAGUUUGCGCUCCAGCUACGUGAGCAGCACCAGCAGCAGCGGCGGAAGCAGCGAGGUACUAGCGAUGACUUCGCCCAUUACACCAAAGAGUGGAAAAGAAUCGAAGCAAGUGGAGCCGUCAAAUGGCAAUCGAUUCUCGCUGGAGGAACGCAAGCGGCUGUUCCUCAAUGAGGAAAAGUCACAGGCGGAUCGCAAGAUUGCCGAGCUGCGUAACGAGCGCAAGAAAUCCAUCAAUGAGGAACUGCAGCGCAAGACUGAAUCCAUGCCAGCAACUGUAACGACUCCAAGUACUCCCAGCACACCAAUUACACCGGUUACACCGGUUACUCCUCCAACUCCAGUCACGCCGGGAGAGAAAGAAGUUGUGCUGCGCAAGAAAUCAUUUGCCAGUGUCAACAAUGGCAACAGUAAUGGAAAUGGAAAUGGGAACAGUAAUGGGAACAGUAGUGGGAACAGUAAUGGGAACAGUAGUGGGAACAGUAAUGGAAAUGGAAGCACUCCCAGUCAGGAGGAUGGCACGCCCGAGUUGAUGAAGGUGUUUGCACGUCGCUCGCUAAAGGUGAAGGAUGACGAUGUGGUGGCCAUGGCCCAAGUGGCAGUGGCAACCCACAAGAAGAUGACAAACGGCAGCCAAAGCGUUGAUAGCGAUAAGGAGAAUCAUUCCAACAGUGAGGAGAAGUUGGACAAAUUGAUGCCCAAAUAUGAAACACAGACGAUCAUUGAGUCAACCAGGAUUACACAAACACACUCUCACUCCCAUACUCAAUCCCAAUCGCACUCUCAAUCCCAAUCGAAUGCCAACAAUCGUUGCUCUGUGGCCGAUUUUCGUAAUCUCAACAAUAAUCAACAAUCUGCAUCGCAGAAAUUGUCUAAUUUGCCGCCCAUCAAGGUCAGCAAUGUGCGAAAUGCCACCACCCACAAUAACAACAACAACAACAAGAGUAAUAACAACAACAAUAACAACACUGUUAAGCCCGCAAAUGAACGUUACUCGCUGCAAUUGAAACAGGCAACAGCAACACCAGCUGUUGCAACAACAAUUGCAACCACAAAAGCAACAACUGUUGCUGUUACAACGGCAACAACAGAGGCUUCAGCUGCCACGCCCACUAAGACUAUUGAGCGAUCGGCAACAGUGGGCGAGUUCAAGGGAAUCCAUCAGCGUCGGGCCGAAUGGGAACAGCGAGUAAAGGAGGCACUCAAAUAGACACUGUUAGCUUAAUAGAACAGAAAGCUGUUAGCUAGCAGCACUGCUUGAGAGAGAGAUACGCUUAAGUAGACACUGUUAACUUAACAGAAAAUAACGUUGUGGGCUAACAGCACUGCUUAUGUUAUAAAGGCGCUCAAGUGGACACUGUUAACCUAACAUAACGGAAAGCUGUUAACUAAUAACACGCUUGAGCAAAACAGACGCUCAAGUGGACACUGUUAACUAACCACAAGUUAACUUAACAUUACGCAAAGUUGUUAGCUAACAGCACUGAUCCAAUAGCUUGAUAAUGUAAUCCAAGUGCUUUUGUCUAGUGAUGCUCUCUAGUGUAAUUAAAACCGAUUUGAAUGCAAAUAAUACCCAAUAAUCCCUGAAACUUUGACAGACUCGUACUUGGCCAAAUCGGUGAAUCAAUCGAAAACUUUAAGAGUAACGAGUAGCGAGUGCGCAAGCCCAUCCAAAGAAACGAGUUUGGGGUCUGUCUCUCUUCUAUCGAUCUUCAAAAUGAAUAGUUUAUGGCUUAUUAUAGUACCAUAGUUUGAGUUUAAAUUGUUUGUGCAAGUCAAAAUAUUAUCAAAUAAAAUAUAACGAAAUAAAAAAAAACAAAACUAAAUCUAAAAAAAUAUAUAUAUAUACAACUUUAAGGACUGUGAGUUAAAUUUAUAAAAUCUUUAUAUGAUAUUCAAACGAUUUGAUCUAAUUUGCUGUAAAGUUGAUAUUCAUACUAAUCUUAAUCUAAGACAUACUUAAGCUAAAUAAAGGCGAGCUUUCAAUCCAGGAACAAGUUAUAAUUAUCUAAUACUUAUAUCUGUAAUAGCAUUUAAUCUAUUAUUUUCAUAGACACAUACUCUUACACAUACAUAUAAUAUGUAUAUGUACUAUAUUAUCAAUAAUAUUGACAAUUGUUGCUGUUGGAAUUGCUAAACUGUUCAAGUUUGUGAAAAUUACAAAUGUAUUUACGAAUUGUUCAUCAUUUAGUGAGAUUUACAUGCAAAACGACAACCUGUAUGCUCGCUGGGGCAAUAUUCCAACCAUAUACAAAUAAUAAACAAAUAAAUGUAAUAAAUAUAUAAA